UUGCACGGCGUGUUUUGUUUUUUUGCGUGAAAGGAAAACAAAAAACCAAAACAACGGGGGUUUCUAGGAUAAUACGUAGUUUUAGAUACUUUCACCUCCCGAGAUCCAGGAUAAUCCCAGCCAUGAGCGACAGUGAGCAGAAGGUGGAGAAACCACGGACGGAUUCGAGUUCCUCAUCCAGUGACGAAGAGCAGGGACAAGACCCCACAAUGGAUAUGAUUCGUCGCUUCUUUGCACACACUCUCAAUCUGGGUGGCUCCACGGACGCCAAGGCAGACCUCAAAGUGGAGAAGGUAAUACCGGACUUGUCGUUCGAGGGCUUUGCGGAGCAUUGGCGUUCGCAUGACUUCCGGAAGAUUGUGACCAUGGUGGGAGCCGGCAUUUCCACUUCUGCUGGCAUUCCGGACUUUAGGUCACCCGGUUCCGGGCUCUAUAGCAACCUGAAGAAGUACAAGCUGCCGCAUCCCACGGCCAUCUUCGAUCUGGACUACUUCGAAAAGAACCCGGCUCCGUUCUUUGCUUUGGCCAAGGAGCUCUACCCGGGCUCCUUUAUUCCCACGCCGGCCCACUACUUUGUCCGCCUGCUGAACGACAAGGGUCUGCUGCAGCGUCACUACACCCAGAAUAUCGACACUUUGGACCGACUGACCGGUCUGCCCGAGGAGAAGAUCAUCGAGGCACACGGCAGCUUCCACACCAACCAUUGCAUAAAGUGCCGCAAGGAGAACGACAUGGCCUGGAUGAAGGCGGAGAUCUUUGCCGAUCGUCUGCCCAAAUGCAAGGAUUGCAAGGGCGUGGUCAAGCCAGACAUUGUGUUCUUUGGCGAGAAUUUGCCGGAGAGGUUUUACUCCAGUCCCGAUGAGGAUUUCCAGGACUGCGAUCUGCUGAUUAUCAUGGGCACUUCGCUGGAGGUGCAACCGUUUGCUUCUCUGGUCCAACGACCGGGACCACGCUGCCUGCGUCUGCUCAUCAAUCGCGAUGCAGUGGGUCAGGCGAGUUUUGUGCCCUGGAUGGAUCCCCACGAGCGAUCGCUGCUGUUUGAUAAGCCCAACAACACGAGGGAUGUGGCCUUCUUGGGCGACUGCGAUGAAGGUGUUUUAACUCUGGCCAAAGCUCUGGGCUGGGAGGAUGAACUGCAGCAGCUCAUUACUAGCGAAAAGGAGAAACUGAAUGCUGGUCAAAAGAAAGCGGAGCUGCAGGAGGAGGCUUCCGGCAGUCAGGCCAAAAAAGAUGCUUAG